CAUGAUUUUUGUUGUUAGAGCACACGAACACGUGCUCAGAAAAGCAUAGUUUAUACAUUUUUCUAAAUUUUUAUUCAAAUAUAUUUAGAUUAUCAAAUGUAUUUUAAAAUAAGUGCAAGAUGUGCGAAGAAAUAAAUAGACUUUAUAAAAAUUAUAUUGUACUUUUCAGUUAAGAUUUCAUUAUAUUAAGUGAGUGAAUUCUUGAUACGUCACUUGUUGAUACGGCGAUAUUCAUAGUGUCAAAGUGUUUAUUCUUAAAUUACAUGAUCUUUUAAUAAAAUCAUGGACUGCAAAAGAAGGUAUGAUACCUUUGAUGAGAACGAAACACCCAAAAAAUUAUUGAAAAAGUACAAAAAUAAAGAUGAAGAGAUAAAUGAUUUUUCAAUUGAUCAAAAUGGUUAUGAAGACGAAGAGGAGGAAGAAGAAGUAGAAGAGGAAGAGGAAGAAGAAAAAGUCGAAUAUUUUCAAGACUAUUUUGAAGAUGAAAGUGAUAAAAAAAGAGGUAAAUCACAAAGUCCUAAAAAACGAUUGCUCAAUGAAAAUGGUAUAAAUAAUGGUACUAACAAUGCAGAAUUGAAAUCAUCUAAAAAGCGGAAAAAUUCUUCUUUGGAAACUAAUGAUAAAUCCAAACGAAUGCGCACAAUUGCUAGUGAUUUUGAAGAUUCUUUUAUUAAUUUAGAAAAUGAAUUUGAUGAAACUUUACUUAGCGAAAUUGACAAUACCAAUUCAACUGAUCAAUUUGCUUUUCAUUAUUCCCAUCGUUUAAUUAAAUUCAUGUUUCAAGUUGAAUUAUCCAUUUUGUCUUUACUCAGAAAGUCUAGACAUAAGGACAAAUAUUUGUCGUUGAUUGUGAAAUUUAAAAAUUCAAAAACCGGACACUUUCAAGAUAUUGUAAUUCGUCAUUCAGAAUGUUCUUUUCACAUUAAUAUUGAAUAUGUUGAUAAAUUUUACAUUGUCAAUGAAAUUAAUUACGAUGUAUUAUUUUCAAAGGCGAAAAAUAAUUUUUCUUUAAACAAUUAUCUUAAUAAUUAUGUUAAAAAAAUUGUUUCCGAUACAAAUAGUUUGUCAGAAAAUUCCGAAUAUUUUAUUAUCUAUACAAAUUCAGGAUUAGAUAUUUCUGAUGAUAAAACAUUGAAUCAAACACGAGCGAGAAAAUUUUAUCCAUUUCAAUUGAAAAGUAAUUUUGAAAAUUUUAACAUUAAUGAUUUUCUAGAUGUUGAUUGUCAAAAUGUUGAAUGUGAAUUUUAUCAAUUUGCAAAAGAUGAAAAAACACGUGAAGAAUUUUUAAAACGAUUAGAUUUUUCUCCAACUAUUAAAAAAGAAAUAAAAAAAAGUAAUUUUUCCGAAGAAAUUUUAAAAGAAUCAUUUCUUAAUAAAUUAAUUUUAGCAGUUAAUCAACCGAGUAGAGAAGAAUUGGUGACAAUUAUUAAAAAUGAAAUUGAAAAUAUUGAUAAAGAUUAUAUGCAACUUAAAGAAAAAGUUUUAAAAAAAUUAACAUCUCAUAAUGCAGAUUCUUGUGAUAUUUUGUAUAAUUUUAAUUUACUUAUGUUUUUCAUUCAUGACAUGUUUUUGCAUAAAAAAAUUAAUUUUGUUAAUUUUGAAGAAAAAUCCACAUACGAUAUUGGUUAUAAUUAUAAAGGUAGAAUUAUUUCACUAAAAGCAUGCCAAGCGGAUAAUAAUAUUGAUUACGGUCAAUUAUUUGCUGCUAAGCGUAGAAAAGAAAGAAAUUUAUUUUCUAUUAAUAAACAUUUUUCAUAUUUUAUUGAAGAGAUGGGAAAAAAUGUAAAAUAUUAUGUUAUUUAUACAAAUGUGAAAAUUGAAUUGGAUGAUGAAAUGAUAUUGAAGAAAGGUAGAACGAAGGAUUAUUUUCGUUUGAAAUUAAAGGCAGUGGACGUGGGGGAAAAGAGAUUUAGAAUGUUAAAACGCAUUGGUAUUAAUGAAAAAGGUUUAUAUCAAUUUGAUCAAGAUGCGAGGGAAGUGGUUCAAAAUUUGUUAAAAUUGCCUCAAUCAGCUGAGAAUCAUUGUAAGGAAAUGUUUUUGGAUAGAUUAAUUUUUGCCGUUGAGCAAUUUGAUUCUAAAGAAAUGAAUGAAACACUAAAAUCGGAAAUUGAUAAUGUUCCCUAUAGUUAUGAAGAAUUGUACGAAAUAGCACUUCGUUGGUUAGAGUCACGUGAAUUUGGACCAAUAACAAAAAGCAUUGUUAACGAUCUUUUAGAUGAUGUAAAAUCUGGACGUAUCAGCCUUCGGGCAAUUGAGAAAAAAAGUAGAAAUUUGGAAAUUAAUUUCGCUAAAAGUAUAGUUGGCACUGAGGGUACAAUGGCAUUUAAUCAAUUUUUGCAAUUUUUGGUCGAAGAAGAAGGAGGGAAUUAUUUGGCAUUGUUAAAGAAACACGAUAUUAGUACAACUAUUGUUUCGAGUAUUUUAGGAGGUUCAGGAGGGAGGGCAACAAAUACCUUUAAAGAUUUGUGUGAUCUUUGGUUCGAUAGGGGAAAUAAAUCAAAAUAUUUGAAAACUUUGGAGCGAGAGAAAAUAAAUUUAACGAUUAUUUCGAGUAUUUUGAAUAAAGCAAAAUCAGAGGCUCCGAAUGCGUUUAAAAAUCUCUAUUACACUUGGUUUGAUGAUGAGGGUGAGAAAAUGGAAUGUUUGAAAUGUUUGAAGAAAGAAGGUGUGAGUUUAACGACAGUGGCUGGAAUUCUAUCCGGAGCACGAUCUAAAGCGUCAAAGGCUUUUAAAGAAUUAUACAAACUUUGGUUCGAUGAUGAAGGAAAUAGAACACAAUGUUUAGAAUCCCUAAGGAAAGAGAACGUGAGUUUGACAAAUAUGUCGAGUAUUUUGAGUGGAGUUGGCUCAAAUGCUCCUGUUGUAUUUAUGGAAUUGUAUAAUCUUUGGUUUGAUUCAUCGGGUGAGAGAACGGAUUAUUUGAAAACAUUGGAAAGAGAGGAGGUUAAAUUGUCACAAAUGUCUAGUAUUUUGAGUGGAGCCGGUGCAAAAGCUCCCGUUGCGUUUAAAGAAUUGUAUAAUUUAUGGUUUGAUAAUGGUAAAAAGACGUUGUAUUUGAGAAUUCUUGAGGAAGAGGGAAUAAGUCUCACUAGUCUUUCUAGUAUUCUACAUGGUUCCGGAGCAAAUGCAGGAAAGGCGUUUAAAAAUUUAUACAAUUUAUGGUUUGACGCAGAGGGAAAUAAGAAUCAAUGCCUACUCCAUUUGGAAGAAACAGAAGGAAUUAGAUUAUCGAAUAUUUCGAGUAUUUUACACAGUUCGGGAAUAAAUGCACCAAAGGCUUUCAAAAAUUUGUAUCAUUUAUGGUUUACAGCACAUGGAAAACGAACGCAUUAUUUGACAACACUUGCAAAUGAGGGAAUAUCAUUAUCAAGUGUUGCUUGCAUUUUACAUGGUGUUGGUACAAAAGCUGCUUUGGCUUUUAAAGAUUUAUUUGAUUUUUGGUUUGACGCUGAAGGAAGAAAGUCACAGUAUUUAAAAAAUUUAGAAGCUAAAGGAAUAUAUUUGAAUACAAUUUCAAGUAUUUUAGGAGGAGCUGGUAAUAAUAUCGCAGCUUUUAAAGAUCUCUACGAUCUUUGGUUUGACGAAGAGGGAAAUAAGACACAUUAUUUGGAUGCUUUGGAAACAGAGGGAAUUAAUUUGACAAAUAUUUCGAGUAUUCUAAGUGGAUCUGGUACGAAAGCUGCAGUGGCUUUUAAAAAUUUAUACGAACUUUGGUUUGAUGAUACAGGAAACAUGACGAAAUUCUUAUCGAGUUUGAAAGAAGAAGGAAUUAAUUUAGCGAAUAUUUCGAGUAUUCUUCACGGUUCUGGAACGAAUGCUGUGAAAGCAUUUCAAGAUUUUUAUUACUUAUGGUUUGAUCAAGAGGGAAAUAAGACAGAUUGUUUGAGAGUACUUCAGCGAGAAGAUGAGAUAAAUCUUACCAAUUUGUCGAGUAUUUUGAAUGGUUCGGGUAUAAAAGCUGCUGAGACAUUUAAAAAUAUUUACGAUCUUUGGUUCGAUGAAGAUGGUAAUAAAACUAAAGAUCUUCAAAUUUUGGAGAAUGAGGGAAUAACACUGUCAAAUGUAUCGAGUAUUUUACAUGGAUCUGGUACAAAAGCACCGAAAGCAUUCAAAGAACUUUGUAAUACAUUUUUCAACGAAAACGGAAGUAAGAACAACUGCUUAAAACACUUUAUCGGUAGGAAAAAGGACGAAAAUUCUUUUAGAUUUCACAAUUUAUCGAGUAUUUUAACCAAAACGGGAUUAAAUGCCAAAGAUACUUUUCAAGAGCUUCAUGAUUUGUUUUUCGAUUCCGAAGGCAAUAGAUCGGAAUUUUUAACUCAUUUCUACAAUGCUGGUUUUAAACCCAGUAAUUUAUCAUCAAUUUUAUGUGGAACGAGAACUCGUGCUUCGAUACAUAUUCAAAAAUUCCAUGAUAUUUGCUUCUAUCAAAAUGGAGAAAUAUCGAAAUUUUUGGACGAUUUUUUGAAAGUUGGUUUCAAACCUGGAAAUCUUUGUAGUCUACUGAGCGGAGCACCAAAUAAUUUUGAAAAAUUUCAUGAUUUUUGUUUCAAUGAUGAGACAAAACAUUAUUUAUUCAAUUUUCUAAAUGACGAAAAUGGCUUUACAGUGAGUAAUUUAACAAAAAUAUUACAUGCAUCGGGUGUUAAUGUUUUUGUAGCAUUUGAAGAUUUUCAUAAUGUUUGUUUCGAUAAAAAUGGAGAGAAAUCGAAAAUAUUUAAUGAUUUUCUAAAAGUUGGCUUUACACCAAAAGAAUUGGCUAAUAUUCUCUCAAUGUCGGGAAGUAAUGCCUCUCAUAUUUUCAUUAAAUUUCAUCAAAUUUGUUUCAAAGAUAAUUAUCUCAAUGAUUUUCUCAAAGAAGAGGCAAUUUUUCCCACAAGUGAAUUAUCGAAAAUAUUAUUUGGCGUUGGUGUCAAUGUUUGUUCAAUUUUUGAAAAGUUACACAAUUUUUGUUUUCACGCUGAUGGAAGGAAGACGAAAAAAUUGAAAAAAUUGAUUAAAAAUGAAGAGAAUAUCACUGAAGUUUUACGUGAUAGUGUGAAAAAAACAAGGGCUUUAUUUUUAGAUGAGGAAUUAUUGGAACAACAAAAUAAUGAAAUUGACUCGUCAUUGAUGAUGUGUUUGGCAAGAAAUAAUAUAAAUUUAACAAUUGAACAAAAAACGGAGAAUCUUGUUAAUUUUCUUAAAAUUAUUCCUUCGUUAAAGCAGGGAAUACUUCAUCCACUACGAAAAGAUACAUUUUUAAAAAGAUUGUGGCUUGCAAUUAAUGAUUUUAAACCAUAUAAAUUGAAUAAACUUAUGAAGGAGGAUAUUAAUAAGCAUAGAAUUCUUUUGACUGAAGAUGAUGUGCAAAAAAUAAUGACACGUAGUGCGGAAUUUUAUAAUUUUACACCGGUAUCGAGGGAAGUUAUUGAUAAAUUGACCGAGGAGAUAAAAAGUAAUAAAUUUGAAUCUGAAAUUCAGGUGAGAAAUAUUAGUGAAGAAAUGAAAUUUGCUAGGGGAAUUGCUAUUGAAGGGACGGGUUCUUAUUAUUCACUAUUGGAAUUUUUGGUAAAAGGAGAUGGAAAGAAGUGUUUAAAUGUUUUGAAAAAAUUGGGUAUGAAUAUUGGUGGUAUAACAAAAAUGUUGAAAAAUUCAGCGAAUUUAUCGGAGAAAAGUUUUCGUGAUUUGUACAAUGUGUUGAUUGAUAAUGGGGAAUUUUCGUUUUAUGUAAGAAAUUUAGAAAAUGCAAGAAUCGAUUUGUGUAGAUUUACCAGUAUUUUGUGUUUUGCGGGACCUGUGGCAGCUAGCGCUUUUCAGGAUCUCUAUAAUCUUUGGAUUGAUUCCGAAGGAAAGAAAUCAAUCUACCUGAUAACUUUGGAACGUGAAGGUAUUAAUUUAACGAAUAUUUCGAGUAUUUUAAGUGCUUCUGGUGGUAAUGCAGCGAAAGCAUUUAAAGAUCUCUUUAAUCUUUGGUUUGACGAUGAAGGAAAUGAAACGCAUUGUUUCAAGACUUUAAAAAAACAUAAAAUACGUCCAGGAUUAAUGUGUACAGUUUUAUCAGGUUCUGGUUCAAAAGCACCGGAGAAUUUCAAAGAUUUAUUUAAUCUUUGGUUCAAUAAAGAGGGGGAGAAAACAAAAUAUUUAAAAUCUCUUGAGGCAAAUGAUAUUAAUGUUGGUAUUAUUGCUAAAAUUUUAACAUCAGCUAGAGGAAAUGCAUCGAAGGCUUUUAUAUCUUUAUAUCAGCUUUGGUUUGAUUCGGAGGGAAAUAAAACGAAAUAUUUGAAAAGUUUAGAUCGUGAGGGAAUAAAAUUGUCACUUGUUGCUAGUAUUUUAUCAAGAGCUGGUAGCAAUGCUAAAGAAGCUUUUGAGGAUAUGUAUAAUUUUUGGUUUGACGCUGAUGGUAAUAGAACGCAAAUUUUGGAGAAUUUAAUUAAAGCUGAAAUAAAAGUUGAUGAUGUUUGUAAAAUUGUUCGUGGAGCUGGUGCAAGAGCUGGUGAUACAUUCAAAGAGUUGUAUGAUUUAUUGUUCGAUGAUGAGGGAAAGAAGAGAAAAUUAUUGAAAACAUUUGAAAAAAAUGGUUUAACCAUUGACAGUCUAUCGUCAGUUUUGUCGAAAACAAAUACACAUGGACCGAAAAUUUUCAAGGAAUUGUAUAAUCUUCUUUUCGAUGAGAAAGGAAAGAAAACAAUUUACCUACGUGUUUUGAAUAGAGAGAAUAUAAAUUUGAAUACAUUUUCAAAAAUGCUGUUGGGAAUUAAAAAUAAUUUUGUGAAGACUUUUAAAGAGAUAUUUCAUUGUUGGUUUGAUGAGGAGGGAAAUAAAACACAUUGUUUGACAACACUUGAGGAAAAUGGUAUUAAUUUGACAAAUUUGUGUGCUAUUUUAUUUGGUUCAGGUGUGACGGUUAAAAAAACAUUUUACAAUUUAUAUGAUCUUUGGUUCGAUGAGGAGGGAAAUAAAACACAUUAUCUGAUACCAAUGGAGAAGGAGGGAUUGCAACUCACUGAUUUGUCUAAUAUUUUAUAUACAUCGGGUAGUAAUGUUGUGAGAAUUUUUCAAGAACUUUUUGAACUUUGGUUCGAUGAGGAUGGUAAUAAAACAAUUUGCGUUAAGAAUUUACAAAAUGAGGGAAUUAGCCUCAAUGAUUUGUCACAUAUUUUACAAAAUGCUGGUAUACAUUCGGCAAAGACUUUUCAAGAUUUGUGUGAAUUUUGGUUUGAUUCUGAUGGUAAUAAAACAUUGUAUUUGAAACAUUUGGAAAAAGAAAAUGUCACAUUGAGCGAUAUGUCUGAUGUUUUGAAUAAAUGCGGUGGACAGGCGGCAAAAAUUUUUAAACAAUUGUACAAUUUUUGGUUCGAUAAAAAUGGUAAUAAGACAAUAUUUUUGAAGACUAUGGAAAAAGAAGGUGCUAAUUUGAAAAUUAUUUGCGGCAUUAUAACUAAGUCAAGAACAACAUCACCAGUGGUUUUAAAAGAGUUGUAUGAAUUUUUGUUUGACAAGAGUGGAAAGAAGGGUAAACAUUUGAAAAUUUGGGAAAAAGAAGGUGUUAAAUUGGGUACAUUAUGUCGUGCUCUUAAGGGAACGGAAACAAAUGCUCUUGUUGUGUUUAAAAAUUUAUAUAAUCUCUGCUUUAAUAAACAGGGAAGCAAAUCGAAAUAUUUAAAUACAUUUGCAAAGGAGGAAAUUGAUAUUAAUUGUCUUCUAAGUAUUUUAAUUGGAGCCGGAAGUAGUAUUUGUAAAACAUUUAUUGAAUUAUAUAAUCUUUGGUUUGACGCUGAAGGCAAUAAAACGCAGUAUUUGACAAUUUUGGAAAAAAAUAAUAUCCCUCUAAUGAAUAUUGCAAUUAUUUUAACUGGAUCUGGAAAAAAAGCUGUUCAUGCUUAUAAAAAAUUAUUUAGCAUUCUUUUCUAUGAGAAUGGGGAUAAAACUCCACAUUUAAAGCGUUUUAUUGAGAAAAAUGAUUUUACAAUAAAUGAUUUGUCGGCAAUUUUAAGUGGUUCAGGUAGUCGUGUACAAGAUGCUUUUGAAAAUUUCAAUAGAACUUUGUUUGAACGUAAUGGCAAAAAAACGUCAUUGUUGAAAAAUUUCUUUAAUGCCGAUUUUCAUGAAAAGAAUUUAUCUUGUUUACUGUUAGGUUCGGGAAAUUCUGCAUCAUCAAAUUUAAAACAAUUUCAUAGAAUUUGUUUCAAUCAUCAGGGUGAGAUGAAAUUAAUUUUAAAUGACUUUUUCAAUGUUGGUUUUACAAAAUUUGAUUUGUGCUUUAUAAUUAGUGGAUCAUCGAUUUCUUUAAAUGAAUUUCAUGAUUUUUGUUUCGCAGAAGAGACGAGGAAUAAUUUAACAGAUUUUCUCAAUGAUGAAAAUUCUUUCACUGCCAGUCAUUUAUCUUUAAUAUUAAAUGGAGCAAAUUUAAAUAUUUGUAAUGCUCUCAAAGAAUUUCAUGACGUUUGUUUUGAAAAUGAUAAUAAUGAAAUUAGUACAAUUUUCAAUGAUUUUCUUCAAAUUGGUUUUACACCAAAUCAGUUAGCUAAUAUUUUAGCAAUGACAGGAAAUAAUGCUUCUUUUGUAUUGAAAAAUUUUCACGAUUUAUGUUUCAAUGAAAAUAAUUAUUUAAAUCAUUUUUUGUCAGUGAAAAAAAUUUUUAAACCAAAAAAUUUAGCAAAAAUUUUCAAUGAUACCGGCAAUAGUGUGUGUUUGGUUUUUGAAAAAUUACACAGUCUUUGUUUUAAUGAAAACGGUGACAAAAGUGAUUAUCUAAAUGAUCUUUUAAAUAGUGAUGAAAAGAAAAUGAUUCUUGAAAAAAUAAUUGAAAAAGCUAAAAAAUUUAGUGUUAAAUUUAAUUGUGAUGUGUCGUUAGAAAAGAAUAUUAUAAAAUCUUACAGAAUUGACCGAGUAAAAUAAUUCUAAAUUUAUAAAAUGUAAAUAUCUAAAAUUUUUUUUAGAAAUCAAUAAAAAAAAAUAAAUUUAUUUAAAUUCAGAGAAAAUAUGUCAUGAAAGAAAAGAUAAGAAGUAAAUAAAAAAAAUUAAUAUGCAAUAAAAGUAUAUUUUAAUAAUGAAGCCAAUGAAAAUAUUUUUCAUAAAUCAUUGUAUAAAUCAUUCAACUAUUAUUAUUAUAUUGUUAUUAUUAUGUCGAUUUAAGAUUUUUGAAUAUUAAAUAAUUCUCAGGAAUUAGAUAAUUUUAAAUAAAAUGUAAGUUAAAAGAUUUUAUUAUUGUAAAGAAUUAAGCGAAUAUUCCAAUAUAUAUAUAUUUUUACGAAAAUAACAGUGUGAUGUAUCUACGUAUGUAUAUAUUUUUUAAAAAAAUAUCAAAUU